AUUGAUUACGGGCUGUACGGAUCUCUGCCAUAAUGUGUUUCGAUUAAUGAAGAAGAUGGGAUCCAGAGCAUUCAAUGCCUUCGACAUUCGUUUGAUCCGUCUUAUCAACAUCUACAUAUCUGUUUCUCUCUCCACAGCUCACAAAAAAAGCAUAUCCAUAAAGACUUUCUGAUGCUUCGAGGGUUGAAUGAGGAGAGAGAGAAAGAGGGAGAAGAUGGGAAGAGCACCUUGUUGUGACAAAGAUGCUGUGAGGAAAGGAGCAUGGAGUCCUGAAGAGGAUAAGAUUCUUAUUGACUUCAUCACCAAGAAUGGCCAUGGUACCUGGCGUUCUCUCCCUCAACGUGCAGGUCUUCUCCGAUGCGGAAAGAGCUGUAGGCUUCGGUGGACAAACUAUCUCCGCCCUGACAUUAAACUUGGUCCCUUAAGUCCGGAGGAACAGAAUACUAUUGUUCAGCUGCAAGGCAUGCUCGGUAACAAGUGGGCUGCCAUAGCCUCCCAUUUACCAGGACGAACGGACAAUGAGAUCAAGAAUUUCUGGAACUCUCAUCUAAAGAAGCAGUUGUUGAAUAAAGGCCUCAACUUCCAGAUCCAUGGGCAAUCCUCUGGUACUAAAUCAAUGCACACGAAACCCGAGUCCGCAUCGACUCGCCAUAUGGUACAGAACGAGUGUGCCCGAGUGGAGGCUGAGGCCCAGCAGUCAAUGAAUUCAUUGCUCCUCAAACCAUCAUCAACUGAGUGCAACUACUUCCUCCGUCUAUGGUAUUCUGAAGUGGGGGAGUCAUUUCGAAAAACUAUAGAACAAGAUGAAGUGGCAUGUCAAAGCCCAAUGUCUGAGACAUCCUCAUCGACAAAAGUUGAAUCAGUUUCAGGAGUCUCUAUGCUUGCCCAGAAAUUUACGUCAAUCGACCAGGCUGACAAACAAACAGAUAUGACCCAGAUUAGCUGCAAACAGGAUCCAGAAGAUAUGGCGGCUGGUUCACGCUCCUCAAAUUCAUAUAAAUUGGAUGAUUUCUCAGAUACAGCACAAAAGCUGCUGCUAGAUAUCCCCAGUUGUAAUUAUAUGGAACUACUAGAAGGAGAGACAUAUGAUGUUUCCAUUUUUCUCAACAUUAAAUCAGAUUGCCUAGAGGGUACUGUUUGAAGUAGUAUGCAUGGAGCUGAUGGCAUUCUGGGGCCUGUCACAUGACCUGUAAGGAACCUUCUAAUCACUCUAGUUGGUCUUCCUAGGACAUAGCAAAUACUGCUAAGGGGUUUUUGUUAAGUGGUUGUCUUCAAAAACUGAUCUACAUGGUUG